UUUCCAACAGGGAAACGAGCGGUGUAUCGUCGAAGCUCUGAGCUUCUCGGCAAACCAAAAUAACCCGCUGUUUAUGCCACUCCAGGGUGAUUCGACCGGGCUCGUCUUUUUUUAAAUCGUUUUAAGCGACUGACUUCUCUGAAAAUGUUCAUCGCGGAUAUAAGAAGGGAUUUUUAUGAAGUUGUCGCCAACCAGAGAGUCGUACUCCUGGUGGCACCAGACAUUGACGCUCUCUGCGCCUGUAAAAUACUACAGGCAUUGUUUCACUGUGAUCAGAUCCAAUAUACACUGGUGCCAGUUACAGGCUGGCAGGACCUUGGCACAGCCUUUCUUGAACACAAAGAGCAGUUUCGAUAUUUUGUUCUUAUCAACUGUGGGGCAAACGUUGACCUCCUUGAGAUGCUGCAGCCAGAUGAUGACUCCAUCUUCUUCAUCUGUGACACUCACCGGCCUGUAGAUGUGGUCAAUGUCUACAAUGACACCCAGAUUAAGCUGCUCAUCAAACAGGACGACGACCUCGGCGUGCCUUCUUAUGAUGAUAUUUUUCGAGAUGAAGAAGAUGAGGAAGGAGAAGACUCUGGAAAUGAGAGCGAUGAAGGGUCAGAGCCAUCUGGCAAACGCAGGAGAUUUGAUGAAGGCGCCGUUGAAAGGAGAAUUGAAAGGCAGCGGGCAAAGAGGGAGUGGGAGGCUCGAAGGAGAGAAAUCCUGUUUGACUACGAGCAGUAUGAAUAUCAUGGAACCUCUGCUGCGAUGAUGUUUUUUGAGCUUGCGUGGGUUUUGACUAAAGAUACCAAGGACAUGUUGUGGUGGGCCAUAAUUGGGCUGACAGACCAGUGGGUCCAUGAUAAAAUCACGAAUAUGAAGUAUGUAACAGACAUCGCCACUCUGCAGCGACACGUUUCCCGACAUAACCACCGAAAUGAAGAUGAGGAGAACUCGCUCUCCAUCGACUGUAUGAGGAUCUCCUUUGAAUAUGAUCUUCGUCUAACACUUUACCAACACUGGUCUCUGUAUGAGAGCAUUUGUAAUUCGUGUUACACUUCCUGCAACUUCAAGCUCUGGACCUUAAAUGGCCAAAAGAAACUCCAGGAGUUCUUAGCAGACAUGGGACUGCCGCUGAAACAAGUGCGUCAGAAGUUUAACUCUAUGGAUAUGUCGAUCAAAGAAAACCUGAGGGACGUCAUUGAGGAGUCCUCUAAUAAAUAUGGUUUGAAGGACAUCCGUAUCCAGACCUUUGGUGUUCACUUUGGCUUUAAGAACCGUUUCCUGGCUAGUGACAUGGUGCAUGCUACUGCUGCCUUGCUGGAAAGCACUGAGAAAGAUGACAGCGAGACUGACAGCUUCAUCAAGGCUCUCGAUGCCCUUUCCAGGAGUAAUCUUGAACGUCUACAUUUGGGUAUUGAGCUGGCUAAGAAGAAGCUGAUUGCCAUCCAGCAAACAGUCGCCAGCUGCAUCUGUACCAACCUCAUCCUAUCACAGGGACCCUUCCUCUACUGCUACCUCAUGGAGGGAACACCUGAUGUGAAGCUGUUUUCUAAGCCCAUGGCACUGAUCCUGCUCUGCAAGUACCUCCUGAAGGCUUUUGUCCAUUCAACGAGGAAUAAACGCUGCAAACUGCUUCCCCUCGUCAUGGCUGCUCCCAAGGAUGUGGAGAAGGGAACUGUGAUUGUUGUGGGAAUCCCACCAGAGUCUGAGACGUCUGACAAGAAGAAUUUCUUUGGUCGUGCAUUUGAGAAAGCUGCAGAGAGCACCAGCUCCAGGACUCUUCAUGACCACUUUGACACUUCAAUAAUUGAGUUAAAGACUGAGGACAGGAGCAAGUUUCUGGACGCACUCAUCACGCUCCUCUCAUGAGAAACCGAAGCUCUCCGGGGGACUGUGAGUUUUCAGAACAAGCCCACGCUCUCAGUUUGAACGGACCUGCUGCCGGUCACAUCUCUGUUAGACGUGACUAAAACAAUUUGGUCACCAGUACCAUGUUUAUCCAUGUUUUUUUUGGUUUGUUUGUCUUUCUUUUGUUGUUGUUUUUUUAAAGGUUUUAAUCAGUUUUGGCAUAUAUUGUACAGUGUUUUUGUAAAUGUGCUGCUUUUAAAUUCACGUUUUAUUUCUGUAUGUGAGAAGUUCAGAUCA